UUUGUUUUCGUCCCUUUCUAUGUUUCAGAUAGUUUCUUGUUAGAUAGAAAGGCAAGCACAGUGUUUUCCAUAGGUGCAACUUUCAUGUUUCGCUCUUGGUACAGUAUUAUAAUUAGAAUUAUUCCCCAAGUCAUCCUAAUUUCCUGGCAGAUGUAUAGGUAAAUGGUGGUGUUGUACUACUGAUUUUGGAAAUUAUUUUCACAGUCAGUUGUGUAAAAAGUCUUGUAUAAGAGAGAGAACAGUAGAAUAAUGAAGCAAAUUAAGAUAUUGGUAAAGGUUAUGGGAACAGGAUGGAAUAACUAAUAGGUUGAUUUUCCAAAGUGGGGAAAAAAAAAGUGUGUGUGUGUGUGGGAAGAAACAUAAGAAUUAUUAUUUCCUUAUGAUUUGUCUGAAAGAAUGCUUAGAGAAUCUCAGUAAGCUUUAAUAGUGCAAUUCAAGUGACCUUGUAAUUAAAAAUUGAUAGCUAAAUUAUACACAGAUAUCUGCAUGAUUGACAGGAGUACAGGGCCUUUAAUGAAAAAUACUUAAUUAUAUUCCUUCUUAUGCUGUGAAUAAAACAUUUUAUUGGGAGUGUCAGAGAAAUCUGAGACCAUCAGGAUUGCUCCUUUUUUAUAGUUUUGUUAUGAUGGGGGGUUAUUUGAAGUCUUGUGCUCUUGGUGUUGCUGCCUCUGUUCUCUGGUUUUACCUUUAACCUCUCUCUCCAUCUCAGUAUCCUUGGGGUUUGGUGGAUUUUUUCUGUGUUGGUUUUGGGUUUUUAGGGGUUUUAAAAAAAAUUUGUUUCCUACCUCCCCCCCUGUAUUUUUAUGUACUGUCAUCAGUAGGGGAUUCAUUCCAGUUGGCUGUCAGAAAUUUGUCCCUCUGUUACCUACUGAGAGCACUGUCAUGAAUCUGUUCUUCUUGUUUAUUGCUCUAUUCCAUGCUCAUGACUUCUUUAUGAAGUAAAAUACAGUAUGAAAAUAAUUCUCAAAAUGGUAUGUUUCUGUUGGCCUGAUUAUAUUUCUUUCUAAGGUGGAGGGAUUGUAAAAGUCUUUAUGACUAGAGUCAAGUAUUGGGAGGAUCUAAGAGCCUACUAUAACCUUGAGCAGCUGACUGACUUCCCCUGAUGAUAAACCCUGGUGGGAAGAUAAGUAGAACCUGUUUGAAAAACAAAAAAUAAAGCUGAGCUGAUGGAUUUAUGUAAGCCUUGGCACUGAAUCAAAAGGCAUGUAGAUACCCUCUUUAUAAAGUGAAGUAAAAAAAAAUUCUCUAAGCAGAAUUUUUUUUAAAUGUCUAUUGAUAAUUAGAUGUAAAAGUGCCAGGAUUUGUAAACGCUGUUUAAAUAAAUCCUGUAUUUAUUUUGGUUUUGUCUUUGUAAGUUUGCUUUCAGUUAGCAGCAUGCACCUUCCUUGAUCUAAUUGCAGCUGAACAGACACAAAGUGAAAUUCAGUGAAGUGACAUAUGCAUAAUCUGUGCGUCAGCUGGAGCAGUAUGUUCUGUUUGAUAUUUACUUGGUGCACUACUCUCACAUUUCAAAAUUCAGGGAAUAAUGAACACUAAUAUUGUGAGCAUGUCAAGUGGUAGAAGCCUUAUGUUUAUGUACCCUUUGGUCAGGAACAUGAGGCUGUGCAAGGUGGUUACUGCCAUGGAGAUUACUGCCGUGCUUCUUGUGGAAGAAUUAAAAAUAACUGUUUAAAAUGCCAAUCUGUUUUAGGAUUAAGAAUGGAAAUAAUAAUAUCUAAUAUACUUGAAAGAGAAAAGCAGGUUUCAUAAUUCUGUCUUUGAAGUAUUUUAGAUCUAAAUAAUAUGAUGAUGUAUUUUUGCAUAAAAUCAUUUUUAAGCCUGAAUCAAAUAUGUUUGGCUUGCAAAACCAUGGCAUACAAUUUUGCAUUUUGAAUAAGUUAAAUUUUUUACCUUUUUUUUUUUUUUCUUCUCAAACAUAACCAGUAGACUGUAUAAAUUGGUUCUGUAGCUUGUAUGUGGGAGGUGUCUUGUGACAAUCACCUUCAGAUUAAACUUGUCUCAGCCUCUGGAAGUCUUUCAGGCUAAAAUAGGCUUUGUUUACUGAGUGCAUAUAUCCGAAUAGAUUUAAUGUUUCGAUAAUAUUUUAAAAAAUCCCCUGGAUUGAUGAACUUCCCUGGAAGCUGAACUUUAAUAUUCCUUGACCUUCUACUUUUAAGUCGUUAAACCUUUGCAGAAAGGCUUAAUUAACUUCCAAAUGCAUGAAGUAUUUUCUCUGAAUUGGGUUUGCUGCUGGUAUGUAUUCUGAAGUCUUGUGUACACACCUUAGUUACCUGCUUUUUACGAAUUUGUUUCUUUGCCAUAAAUCACUCAUAAAUCUACUUUGUUAUUUUUCUUUUGCAGCUACUGUUUGAAUGAGUGCUGUUACGUUGCAAGAUAUUGUUCUAAAUUGUUAGUCCAGUUAGUUGGAGUAAGGAAACUGUUAAAAUACCUGUGUAGAAAUAUUAUUCCUAAACUAGUUUUAAUUACACUUUGAACAGUUGAUUUUAGCAAUUAUUUGAAAUAGAAAUAAUUGAUGUUGCAUUCAAAGGAAUACUGAUGUUGUAUUUAAAGCAGUACUUACACAGGUGAAUAGUUUCCUUCAGUGCUAAUAAGUAUGUUCAUGUCUUUUUCUCUUACAUAAAACUAUACUGAAAUGCAAACCAAAUAUGUUUAGAGGGGCUGUUACAAGGAAAGGGCUUCAUAAUGCAGAUGGAGUGUUAUUAAAGCUAGCAGAUACCUAUGAGGGAUUUGUCCUGCUUCUGUCCUUUACAGUAUUUAGACAUGAUUUUGAGAGGCUUUUGGAAUGAUGAUUAAAUCUUUCUGCUCCAACAGAUCAAGAUGAAAUAAUGUGGGUGAUACCGUUUGAAACAGUUACUUCAUAUUAAAGAAUUGAUCUGUGGCAAUUGGACCUUCUGUCAGGAUUUACUGUUCUUUUGUGUUUCCUUCUCAGUUCCUUCGUGUUGUUAAAAUACACACACAUCUUUCCAGGAAACCUCAAGAGGAUCAAUAGAGGGGAGAAUUUUGGUGAAGAGAAUCCGGAAAAGUACUGCAAGACCCAGGCUUGCUCUUCCAACAUAAGGAUGAUUUGAAGGUCAUCCCUGUCAGAGGGCACUGGAGAAUCUGGGCCCUAAGAAUAUUUGUUCAAAUUGCUUUGGAAAUCUGGAAGGAGAGCCUGACUUAUGAAGCAAUGACGUGUAACGGCCCAGAGAAUUUGGAAGCUUGUGCCACUCCAGAUGCUGAUCAUGACCAGGAAUGGGCACAGGAAUGCUACCGACUAGGAACUUUUGUUGAAUUUCCACUUGACUGUCCAGUUUCAGCAUCAGCACUAGCACAAGCUGGCUUUGUUUAUACUGGAGAAGGUGACAAAGUGAAAUGCUUCAGUUGCCACACAGUUAUUGAAGGAUGGGCACCUGGGGAUUCUGCAGUUGAGAGGCACAAAAACCUUUCCCCAGAUUGCAAGUUUAUUACUGAAUCUGCUUUUCUGGAAAAUAGCAUACAUCCUCCCACCCAGAACUACCAGCAUAGAACUGAAAAUGGUUCCAGCAAUUCAGCCUUGCCAUGUACUCUGGAUGACCCUUCUGAUGUGGAGGCAGAUUACCUCUUGAGAACUAGGCAGGUUGUGGAUAUGUCAGAUACUUUGUAUCCUAAAAACCCUGCUAUGUGCAGUGAAGAGACAAGAUUAAAGUCCUUUUAUAACUGGCCCCUCAAUGGCCAGCUGACACCAAAGGAAUUAGCUAAUGCUGGAUUCUAUUAUACAGGUGUUGGUGAUCAAGUGGCAUGUUUUUGUUGUGGUGGAAAAUUGAAACAGUGGGAACCCAGUGACAUAGCUUGGUCAGAACACAAGAGGCAUUUUCCCAAAUGCUUUUUUGUGCUGGGACGGGAUGUUGGAAAUGUUCCAAGUGAAUCUGUUUCUGCUGAGCUUGGGAGGGGUGGUCUGAACGAUACACAGCACCCAAGGAAUCCAUCUAUGGCAAAAUAUGAAAGACGUUUACAAACAUUUUUGACUUGGAUAUAUCCUGUUGACAAGGAGCAACUUGCUGAAGCUGGGUUCUAUAGCAUAGGUAAUGGUGAUCAUGUUGUGUGUUUCCACUGUGGUGGAGGAUUGCAAGAGUGGAAGAAAAACGAAGACCCGUGGGAUCAACAUGCCAAAUGGUUUCCUGGGUGCAGGUUUGUGAGAAUGGAAAAGGGGCAAGAAUUUAUAAAUAAUGUUCAUUUAAGAGAUGAAUGUAGGGAUUCAACAACAGAAGCUGCUGAAGGGACAAGACUUACUAAAGUUGAUCUCUUCCAGAAUCCUUUGGUACAAAGUGCCAUAGACAUGGGUUUCAGUUUGUCUGAUAUUAGGAACACCAUGGAAAAGAGAUUGCAGAAGUCUGGAGAAAGUCACAUAUCUGUUGAGGAUCUGGUAGCAGACUUAAGUGCUCAAAAAGAAAAUACAAGGGAAGAAGAACCAAAUGAAAUCCCAGUUGAGCAAGAUGAGCUUAUUCAGUUACAAAACCUCUAUCUCAGUACUGAAGAGAAGUUGAGGCGCUUGCAGGAAGAAAAGCUUUGUAAAAUCUGUAUGGCUAAAGAAGUAUCAGUUGUCUUCAUUCCAUGUGGUCACCUACUUGCCUGUAAGGAAUGUGCUGAAGCACUUAAUGAAUGCCCUUUGUGUCGUACAGAUAUUAUGAGAAGGCAGGAAGUUUAUAUGUAUUAGUGAAACGUGUGUAAUGUAAAAAAUGCAGUUAAUUCCAGGAUGUAAUCAUAUGGCAGUAUUUAGGGUUUUGUGCUGUCAAACUCUACAUACAUUGUAACAUUUGAAAAAAUUAUUUUCCUUAAGUGAUUUUUUUGGUAUGUAAAAACAAAUAUUAAAAGGCAAAUAUUUAUAUUCUGUAACUUUAAUUAAUGAACCUGAUUUGGGAAAGCCUAAGUAAUGCAAAGCUUUAUUUAUAUAAUUCCUUUCCCUCACUUCGGUAUGACUGGAGGUUAUGCAAAUAUAGUUAUUUAAAGAGUCUAGCCCUAUAUGAAACUUGUAAAUAAGUGAGUAUAUAUGUAUAUAAUAGUUUUUUAAAUUAUAUCUAAGAGUUUAGUUUCUCAAAAACAUUAUAUGAGAUAGAAAACUUUCUUAUUUCUACAACUUUGGUUGUGACAUAAUUCAGAGAAUGUGUAAACCUGCUGCGAUAUUUCACCUUGUUUGCUACUGCUACUUGCAAGUGAGUCUAUUUUGAUACGUAACUCCUGAGUCUCCAUUUUUUUUCUGGUUUAGAUAUUUAAAUGGGCUUCAGUAACCUGGUUUUAGCCAUCCAUUGUUCAUGAAAAUACCUCUGUAUAGAAAAUGUACAUAAAUUUCGUUCCUUAAAAGAGAAUUCGACAGAAGUAAAGGAGAUUUUGUGUACUUCGUGCACUUCAUGAAAGGAGCAGUCUCAUUUUAAACUUACUGUUGUACACAGAAAGGUGUUCGUUGUUUGUUUUCUUGUGGGUUUUUUUUUAUAUUAGCAUUGUCCUAACUCAUUUAUCUGCUAAUUUCUUGCAGUGCUUCUGUUUUCUGGGUUUUUUUUAAAGGUUAAACUGUCUGCAUGAAAAUGCUUUAUUUUUAUUUUUGUAAUUCACAAGCAAUGUUAGUAAUCUUUCAUUUUUCUUGUCAGUUUGCAGCAUUUAAAUUAAAAAACUAAACUGUUCUAGUGAGAGUCACCUGAAAAUACUUAAACUAUUUCUUACUGGACUGAUUGAUCUUCAGCUCUCUAAUAAAGAGUGUCAUAGCUUUGUGUUUCAGUGCAGCUGGUUUACAAUUAGUCUACUGAAUUAUGUGCCUUCCUUAUUUUGUGGAGCUGUGAAUAUGUAUGUAUUUUUGAGCCCUAAACACUAAGAAAUAUAGAAUAUACAGAAUAUAGUUUUUCACAUUAUAGAAGCUUUAAAUCCAAUACACAGAAAUUUAAUGUAGUUUUUUCUAUUUUUUAAAAUGUGCUGUGGUUAUAUGCUGAUGUAAUGUUAUGAAUAUUUGAAAUAAAGUGCAACCCAGUUGUUCCUUGA